AUGUUCGAAUCUCAGACUGACCAUUCUCAACCACUAAGAGAAUUUGAUGCAAUCUUGCAUCCAAAGAUAGAAGAUUUGGUUUCGAGCUAUAUUGAGAAUGAAGGAGAUACGAAUGACUUAGUUGAAUACCUUGCAAACGGAUACGUCGGAAAACUUCAUAAACUCGAUAUACUUGGCAGUUUAAUGUCAAAGCAUGGAUAUGAUUUUAAAGAAAUCUUUCGUUCAUCUAUCAAAAAGAAAGUUUAUCAAAUGUUUAAUCCGGAUGUUUUUGAUUCUCUUAUAAAAGACUCUAUGUCACCGCCAGAAUGGAUCAGCGAAAUCAUUGAAAGCCCACUUUGGACAUCAGUUAUGUUUUCUUUGUUAGAAAGAUUUCCAAACUCUGAAUUUCUGAAUUAUUGCGUUACUCAAGUAUGCUUACGUCAUCCUGAGAAUGUUUCUGAUGUUCCUCCUUAUGUGUUAAACCUUGAUGCAUUUCAAAAUGUCAUCAGAUUUUUAAUUGAAAACUGGACUCCAGAAAACAAAGAAAAGUUCAUCAAAAUCAUAUCAAUAGAUCCGAGAACAGCCAUGGAAACAGCAUUUAUUCUCGAUCGAAAUACACAAAUCAGUUUAAUACAAGAUAUCGAACGAAGUCUUUCCAAAAACAUUACAUAUCUCAACGUAUUCCAGCGUACGCUAAUGAAACUUGAUGGUUGGUCAUCAACAUCUAUCGAAGCAUACUUCGGAAUUGUUCCAUUACAUCCAGAUCACAUAGAAUCAUUCAAAGAGUGUUAUAAUUUCUCUAAUUACUCUAAAGACCUUGUCCACAGGAAGGUUUCUGCCUCAUUACUUGAUGCAAAUGUCUCAAAUCAAACAACAUUGUCAUUAAUUUCAUUUUUACAAACGAUUUCGAGUGAAAACAUUGACAUACAACUGUAUUCACAAGGGAUCAACUCAUUGAGGCAAUGGAGAUUCAAAGAAGCAGGCGAUCUUUGGUCUGCGUUACAAAUCUUGAAGAAUUUCAUUAUUGCUACGAAUACUCUUGACAUGAUGAGGUAUUUGGCUAAAAACAAUCGUUUAGCUAUUGAAGAUCGAAAUUUAAAUCGAUCGCCAGAGAUUGAUGUUAUCAAAGAGAUCAUGUUCUGGCAUCCUACACUUCGAAUGAAAGCAUUUGAUGUCUAUGUGAUGUUAUAUGAAUCAAUCAGAGGAAAAACAGAUGUUUACCGCAUUCUUAUGAAUAAUUUGUAUGAUAAUCUUAUUUACAUGUUUGGAUUUGGUAUUUCUAUCAAAGUAUUGAAGUUCUUGAGAACUAAGAAGGAACCUCUGGACAUCGCUCGAGAGAGACAGUUUUAUAUCAAAUUAAUUCCAUUGUUAAAACCUCCAUUUUCUGAUGAAUUCCUUUUAGAGUUUGCACACACACUUGACUCUAAACGUGUUAGAUCUCUUAUGUAUCCAGCUUCAAACACAAGACCAAUUCCGGUCCAAGUCACAUUACUCACUUCUGUCAUCAAUUUCGUGCAGGAAUUGAACAGACAGAACAUCCUCAAAGGUAAGCCAACAGAAGCAGUUCUAUAUGAUGAUAUCAGACAUGCUGCAAGUAAAGCUCGCCACUAA